AUGUCGAUAGACCUCGAAUGGAAUCGACUCGACUCGUCUCUCGCCUCCACCCUCGUUGACCUCAUCAACCGCCAGCUUGCAUCGACCACGCGACCAUCUUUCAUCGGGCCCAUCGAGGUUACCUCCUUCGACCUCGGUGCUAACGCUCCGGAUGUCGAGCUAGUCGACCUUCGCGACAUCUAUCGGGACUUCUUGGAGGACGACGAGGAUGAGGAGGAGGAUGACGGGGCCCUUGAACACGGUACGGAGCCAUCAUCUUCGAGAGCCGGGCUCUUCCCCGGCGAAGAAGGCGAGGACGAAGACGACGACUUUGAGUGGGUCUCCCGCAAGGCCGUACGGGGUAAGGGCCUCGUCGGCGACGACGCAGGGCCCGCAUACCACCUGCUUCCCCCACACGUCCGCUACGGCGCCGCAGCAGGGGCAAGCCUGGGCAUGGGCGGGAUGGGCAUGGACAUGCUGCACUCGACGCCCUUCCUCCGCGCGCCGCGCGACAUCUGGUCGCCCUCGUUCGCGAGCCUCCCGACCUCCGCCCCCUCGAACGAGGCCCUCCCCCCGCACUCCCGCGCGUCCCCCGCGCCCGACCCCGACGCCGCCCCCUCGCCGCCCCGGCCCGGCCCGGCCCCGCACCCGAACCUCCAGCUGCACCUGCACAUCACCUGGGCGUCCAACCUCCGGCUCACGCUCACCACCGCGCUGCUCAUCAACUACCCCUCGCCGAUGUUCAUGGCUCUCCCGAUCCGGCUCUCCGUCACCGGCCUGCUCUUCGCCGGCGAGCUCGUCGUCGCCUACGAGGGCGCCCGCCGCCGCGUGCACCUGUGCGUCGUCGACGACCUCGACCCGUACGGGCCCCUCGGCGGCGCGGGCGACCGCCGCGCGCGCGGCACGCCCUCCCCGCGCGGCGGCUCCGGCGCGAGCUCGUCCGCGGGCUCGUCCACCGGCGACCCGCUGCCGAUAGGCCAGCGGCUCCUCCCGCGGAUCGACAUCGAGAGCGAGAUCGGGCAGGCGGACAAGCAUGUGCUGAAGAACGUCGGGCGCGUGGAGCGCUUCAUCCAGGACGUGAUCCGGAAGACGGUCGAGGAGGAGCUCGUGUUCCCCAACUUCCAGACCUUCGUCCUCGGCGAGCCCGAGGCGUGA